CGGCGCUCUCACUUCCCGAGGUCCGCGUCCUCCCGCUCCAUGGCGCUCCUCGUGCGGCUGCUGCCCCUCGUCCUGGCGCUGGCCCUGGGCCCCGCCGCCACCCUGGCGGGCCCGGCCAAGUCGCCAUACCAGCUGGUGCUGCAGCACAGCCGGCUCCGGGGCCGCCAGCACGGCCCCAACGUGUGUGCUGUGCAGAAGCUCAUCGGCACCAACAAGAAGUACUUCACCAACUGCAAGCAGUGGUACCAGAGGAAAAUCUGUGGCAAAUCUACAGUCAUCAGCUAUGAGUGCUGUCCUGGAUAUGAGAAGGUGCCAGGAGAGAAGGGCUGUCCCGCAGCCCUACCUCUCUCGAACCUUUACGAGACCCUGGGCGUCGUUGGAUCCACCACGACUCAGCUAUACACGGACCGCACAGAGAAGCUGAGGCCCGAGAUGGAAGGGCCGGGCAGCUUCACCAUCUUCGCCCCCAGCAACGAGGCCUGGGCUUCCCUGCCAGCUGAAGUGCUGGACUCCCUGGUGAGCAACGUCAAUAUCGAGCUGCUCAAUGCCCUUCGCUACCACAUGGUCAACAGACGGGUCCUGACGGAUGAUCUGAAACACGGCAUGGCCCUCACCUCUAUGUACCAGAAUUCGGGCAUCCAGAUCCACCAUUAUCCCAACGGGAUCGUGACCGUGAACUGUGCUCGGCUGCUGAAAGCUGACCACCAUGCCACCAACGGUGUGGUGCACCUCAUCGACAAGGUCAUCUCCACCAUCACCAACAACAUCCAGCAGAUCAUCGAGAUCGAAGACACCUUUGAGACCCUUCGGGCUGCUGUGGCCGCAUCUGGGCUCAACACCGUGCUGGAAGGGGAUGGUCAGUUCACGCUCUUGGCCCCUACCAAUGAAGCCUUCGAGAAGAUCCCUGCUGAAACCUUGAACAGGAUCCUGGGUGACCCAGAAGCCCUGAGAGACCUGCUGAACAACCACAUCCUAAAGUCGGCCAUGUGUGCAGAAGCCAUCGUUGCAGGGAUGUCCAUGGAGACCCUGGAGGGCACCACCCUGGAGGUGGGCUGCAGCGGGGACAUGCUCACCAUCAAUGGGAAGGCCAUCAUCUCCAAUAAAGACACCCUGGCCACCAAUGGUGUGAUCCACUACAUCGAUGAGCUGCUCAUCCCGGACUCAGCCAAGACGCUAUUUGAGUUGGCUGCGGAGUCUGAUGUUUCCACAGCCGUUGACCUUUUCAGACAGGCUGGACUCGGCACUCAUCUCUCCGGAAAGGAGCGGUUGACCCUCCUGGCCCCCAUGAAUUCUGUAUUCAAAGAUGGAACCCCUAACAUUGAUGCGCAUACAAGGAAUUUGCUUCUGAAUCACAUGAUUAAAGACCAGCUAGCUUCCAAGUAUCUGUAUCAUGGACAGACCCUGGACACUCUCGGUGGCAAAAAACUGAGAGUUUUUGUUUAUCGCAAUAGCCUGUGUAUCGAGAACAGCUGCAUCGCCGCCCACGACAAGAGGGGGAGAUACGGGACGCUCUUCACCAUGGACCGAAUGCUCACCCCCCCGAUGGGGACCGUCAUGGACGUCCUGAAGGGCGACAAUCGCUUCAGCAUGCUAGUGGCCGCCAUCCAGUCUGCUGGGCUGACGGAAAUGCUCAACAGGGAAGGGGUCUACACAGUCUUUGCUCCUACAAAUGAGGCCUUCCAAGCCAUGCCACCAGAAGAGCUGAACAAACUCUUGGGCAAUGCCAAAGAGCUGGCCAACAUCCUGAAAUACCACAUUGGCGACGAGAUCCUGGUCAGCGGGGGCAUCGGGGCCCUGGUGCGGCUGAAGUCUCUCCAGGGGGACAAGCUGGAAGUCAGCUCGAAAAACAACGUCGUGAAUGUCAAUAAGGAGCCGGUUGCAGAAGCUGACAUCAUGGCCACCAACGGCGUGGUCUAUGCCAUCUCCAGCAUCCUGCAGCCUCCAGCCAUCAGACCUCAGGAGCGAGGGGAUGAACUUGCAGACUCCGCACUUGAAAUCUUCAAACAGGCAUCAGCAUAUUCCAGGGCCGCACGGACCUCUGUGAAACUAGCCCCCGUGUAUCAGCGGUUAUUAGAGAGGAUGAAACAUUAGCGCGGAGGACGUGGGAAGAACGCACAUCGGCAGCUCACCGCCACUUCCUCUGAGUUUACCAAAGAGACUGAAUGUUUCUGAAACCAAAUAUCACACUUCAGUGUACCUGGGCUGCACCACAAUGAGAUCUGAGCCCUGGGUGGGUGGAGGGAGGAGGGAAAGAGAUGU